GUAUGCUUUUACCUUUAUUAUUCUGUCAUCUGAGUCAAAAGACUAAUACUCCAAAACAGCAAACCACGGCACAACUUUUAAAAACUAUUUUGACAUAUAUCAAAAACAGUGAAAAUAAUUUCUCCUGCACGCUUGUUUGUCCUAAUUUUAUAAAUUAUCACUUACAAUUUAUUGGGAUUCAAAUAAAAGAUGAGUAGUAGUUCAUUUCAUUAAUGGUGUUGAAGUGAUAAUGUGAUGUGUUUAUAGAAUUCGAAAUGGAGACAAAUGCUAAUCAGAAGGUGUCAUGCGUGGUGAACUUCGCGUAUGACGCGUCAGAGCCUGAUGAGCUGACAGUAAGGCCUGGUGACGUUAUCCGCGAUGUCGAGCGGUUACCCGGUGGUUGGUGGAGAGGAGAGCUGAGAGGUCGCCGCGGAAUGUUCCCUGAUAAUUUUGUGUCAAUCCUCGAACAUGCUAACGUAAGGCCGACGAGGGUGCAGGGCCAAUGUCGAGCGGUGUUCAGCUAUCAGCCAGCGAACCCGGAUGAACUGCCUCUGUGUGUCGGUGACGUCCUCGAAGUCCUUGGAGAGGUAGAGGAGGGUUGGUGGCAAGGACGUCGGCAAGGCCGAGUGGGAGUGUUUCCCUCAAACUUCGUCGUGAUGCUGGACCCACGAGAUCCUCCGCAGCCCGCGCCACCCUUCGAACCAGCGCCGGCACUGCCACCAAAGCCUGUGAAGGAGCUAUGUCGCGUGUUGUUCCCGUACACUGCGGUGAACGAGGAUGAGCUGACAUUGUCUGAGGGUGACAUUGUGACGAUCCUGUCGAAGGAGGCGCCCGACCGUGGCUGGUGGCGCGGGGAACUAAAUGGUCGCGUUGGUCUAUUCCCUGAUAACUUCGUUCAAGCUUUGCCCCCGCAAGUAUCUACAGAAUUAGAAGAGAAGAAGCCGGAGCGACCGCCGGCAAAAACUACGAACUCUAUCUACCCAAUAUUGUCUAUGAAACAUAGUGAAAAGACGGCCUCAGUCAAGGAACAUACGUCGUAUAAAAUAAGUUCGCACAAAGAGAACACGAUAAGUAAGGAGUCUAGUACACAGAGUACAAUCACGCACACGAAUAAAACUGAGUCGGAAAAGAUUAUACACAGUGAGACGGUCAGCGAGGGAACGUUAGAUCAGGUGAAGAAACCUCCAGUGCCAUUGAAGAAAAGUCCCACGCCCACGUCAGGGGUAGGCAGUCUGUUCAGUGGACUUAAAAAUAAAAUGUUAUCAUCGACUGAUAAAGAGAAGUCCUCAUCAACGACAGUGUCGAGUAGUGGCAGUAGUAGCGGCGGCGAGUGGGACCGACCGGACGGCGCCGCGCCCAGCAAGACUGUCGCCAACAAUAAUAACACGAACACUUUCGACCACAUCGAACGGAACUCUCUACUCAACGACCCACGAGCUGGCAGAGUAAAAGCACCUCGACGCAGGCCGCCUAGUCAAGCACUCCGUGAAGAUACGCCAUUACAAUUAGGAUUAAGCAAUGGACACGAAGACAAGCCACCGGAAAAAGCGGUGCGAACAGAACAACCAGAGUCUGCGGAAGAGAUCAAACCUCGUACCCGUGAGUGGGAGAAACAUAAGGCGCCUUGGAUGGAGGAACUUAAGCUGAACCAAGCGAAAAAGACCAGCUUCAUAGCUGAUGGCAAGUCGAGGCUCUCAGGACCUGAACUAGGGGCCAGUAAAGCCGCUAGUGGAAGUACAGACAGAAUCCUGGACUGUGGUCUAGAAGAAAAGAGAUCAACUCAUUCUAUGGAAAUGUCUAAAAGCACGUCGUCGAUCAGCAGUCGAAUGUCGGUUAUGGAGAGUUUCGAGGAGACGAAAGUCCGUCAUUCGUUGGAUUCUAAGAAGGACGUGACGCCGGCACCUCGCGACGUUGAGUCACAUGCCGUCAAACCUAUACAGUCACCUACUGCCGCAGGUCGGACUAUAAUGUCGAUGCUGGACGAUAUAAAGAAGCCCCCGGCGCCCCCGCCGCCCACGACUGCGCCCCCGCCUGUGCCGAGCCUGCCUCGCGCCGCGUCCCCGCCCGUGCUGGCCGCGCCGGCCGCGCCCGCUGCGCCCCCGCCGGCCGCCAACCCGCCGCCCAUACGCUCCGCCGUGGCCACACUGUCGGCCCACAUCAUCACGGACAAGUCGUCCGUCACAACUAAAACCGAAAAGUCCCCCGUCUCCUCCGACAAACCGCCCGAAGUCACCGCCCUCACCCGACAGACCAGUAAAACGAGCACCAUCGAGAGAAUAGAAAAGUCUCUCGAGAAAGUACCAUCUGCGACCGUAACCGGUGAUAAUAAACCCACUACAGGAACCCUGGAGAGGCGAAUGCAAUCUGUCAAGACGGAUAAAGUUGAAACCAACGACGCGUUGAUUGCGCAGCUCAAUGAUAGGAUAACAAAUCUGGAGAAGCUCAUAGAAGUACAAAACACAGUUUUCAACACGGCCAUCGAGGAUUUGAAGGCGAAGCUGAGCCAGGAGAGCGAGAAGCGGCAGGCGCUGCAGAGCGAGCUGGAGAAACUGGCGCACUGCGUGACGCAGGUGUAGCGACUACUGCCGCGGACGCGGGACUACUCCUCCUACCUGCACUUCUAGAACCGCCCGCGAGGACGCGACUUCGAGAAUACCCAGUCUAGAUAGGUAUUCCAUAAUCAAACGUGGUUAUGUAAUCUAUUAUUAGUAUUAUAGACUAUAAAAUUCGGCCCGGUUUGCCAAUUACAAGAUUCAGUGAUUAUUCCGAAAUCGCGUUCGUGGUGAUAUUGCGCAGUGUUUAGUCCCAGUCGUGAAAGACUUCUGCUAUUCGUGGAGUGCACUCGAUGGUGUCACGGCCUGCGGUGUAAAUGGCAGCGUGUUCACUAGGCCGCAUUGUCUUCAGAUAAAUUUAUUUUUUGUAAGUCGAUACUUUCCAGCUUAUACGAUAUUCAAAAUGGUGUACUAUAUUGUAAUGAUUUUUUCAUUGACUUGAGCGAUGCUACGUAGCUCGCUUAGUGAUCGAGGUACUUAUUUAGUCAGAAUUGUUGUUUAUUGCUAUUUUUUGUAAUGGUCACUAAUAACUAGCGUAUAAGAGUAAUUUUAUAACGUGUAUGUCAAGACUAGAGGAGGGUAACUACUUGUACCUAAAUUGUUCAAUAUUUGUACAUUCUUUAUCAAUGCUAAAGAAGGCUCUAUUAUAUUAUUGCCUACAUAUUGUUGUUUUCACAGUGCAUCUUUUUCAUGUUAUAGAAUUAUAAGUGAAAAUGCGUCAUUUACAUAUAGUUUCUAUUUGUUAUCUUCAGUAAUAAGUGCUAUCAUCAAGUGAGCGUAGGUUAUGGUAGCGUCGUGUACAUUGACAAAAAAUUGUGCCAUUUUAUUUGAUCGAUGCACAUGAUAACGUAUUAACAGAAAUCGUAUUUUAAUGUGUAAUACAAAAAUAAACUAGUAACAUGUGAUGCGAGUAGAUUGUAUGCCUAAUAUUUGUGAUUAACACAUUCCAUUUUGACUUGUAUAGUUAUAGUAUGUACGUAAUAUUGAUUCGAUCUUUUAUCGGGCGCACUGUAUUAACCAAAGCUUCAUUUGGAACGGCAUUAACACGAUGGAAUAUGUAGCUAUUAUGCAUAUUAUAUUUAUCAAGAUCAAUAUUUUUAUGUAACAGUUAAUAUAUUUUUGUACAUGUACAGAGAUUCUUUACGUUUAUUUAGACACCGAGUGUACCUUUUUGUAAGACAUAUCUCGAUACAUAUUUAUUUCAGAUAUUAUUGUAAAUCAAUUUUGGAAAAUGUUGUAUUAAACGAGUGAUAAUUAUUUCGUAAUAUGUAAUUAUUAUUUGUGGAAAAUUUAAACCCAGGUUGUGUUUGGCCAUCCAUUGUAUACCUCGUCUUGGCAAUUAAAUUAUUCGAAAUAGAUGUAACUAAGUAACGAUUGAAUCAUGGCAACUGAUUAACAUACAUUGUUAAUUAUUAAGUAAUUGCUUAGUAUUAAUCUAGAGAUUGUAGUUAUAGGCUACUAUGUGAUAGACGAUGCCUAACUAACUUUGUAAAACGUUCCAAUGGCUUUAAUCAUGCACAAAUUGAGUCACACAAACAUUUUGUAGAUGUUUUUUUUUAAAUUGACCUUACGAGAUUAUUCAUUGCGGAAGAAAGAAAUCGAUCCAUUUUUUUUAAAUUAUGUUUUUACAUUUGAUCGUUAUCUAAAGAUCAUGCAAUCUUGAUAUCUUCGUCUAUUAUUAGUUCAAGAACACGGCGAUGUUAGCGUAACUUUGAAAUGAAUGCAACGUAUUUUAAUAAGUAGCUAGAAUGAUUAUAGUCGUUCACACGCAGCUUUGUAUAUGAAACAUGAGAUUCGUAUUAUAUUAUUUUGUACGGGGUUGUACCUGAGAAUUUUAUAGACUGCAGAUUUAUAUUAAUAAUUACGUAAUUUUUGUAUAAUAACUAUCGUGAGAUAUACUAAAUUAAUUGAAACGUACGAAUUGUUCUUCUGGACUGUUCGAGAAAAGCUGUUAUAGUUUCAUCUCACACGUCGCUCAUGAAUAUGAGUCUCGGUGUGACUCGAAAUUAAUCGAGCUUUUCUCAAAUAGUUCAUUUAUAAUCUGUAUAUAUCAAUUAAUUACGUAAUUAAUAAUCUGAGGCCUUGGUACCAGUUUGUUUUAGGUUUAAAGUAAUCGAACCGAGACUGCGUUCGGUGCUCUGAUUGGCCGGCUAUAAUGAACCAACCAAUUAGUGCGUAAAACAAAUUCGUACUGAGACCUCAGGGAGUCGGAUAGUUGACGUCAUACAAAGCGUUUUGAAUUUGACGUACGAAUAUCGACUUUAUGCAGAACGACACAAUGAGUACUGUUGCAUUUUAUGUAAAUUGCAUAUUAAAACCUAAUUUAAGCAACGCAUUCCAUGAUUUUGAUAAACGUGUCAUUAAAUUAAAUUUUGUAUUUUUAAAUGUAUUCAGCUUGUGAUUGAAAUGAAAAAAUGUCUGAGAGAUAUCGUCAUAGAAUGUUUUAGCAUUUGUUACCGCUAUGUGUGGAAAUACGAAAGUUCAUACGAAUUAUUGCGGUAAACGAAUUAUGCAUAGCGGUGCCAGAUGACAUUUAGAAUUCAGAUAUGCCUCGAAGACUGUCUAUAUUUUGCAAAGCGAAAGUUGACUCUUUUACGUACAAUGUCCAAAUGUGGAGUAAUCAAUUUCACAUUAACAGCUUGCGUAAUACAUAAUCCCUUGCUUAAAAUAACUCACCAAGCUAUUUCGUUUAUAAGCUGCAGUACAUUGAGCCAAUUGCCAUUGCAUUUAAUUAAUUGUGUAAAUAAAUAUAAAUACACUAUGACUACUUAUUUUUUAAAAUGUUGUAUAUAAAAGCUUGGUGAAAAGUACAUAACAAUAAUAUUAUAAUGGUUUAUAUGAUAAACCCCUAGGUAACAUUGUAUGAUAUAGGACAAUUUUGGAUGUAAUUUUAGUACUUAAUUUAUUUUUAUGUAUGCUCUACUUCCGACGAUGCAUUCCUACGAUUUAAACAAUUCAAAAUAUUCAUAUGAUUAAUAAAAUUAAAUAAUAAACUAUGUUUAUGGAUAAACCUGAAA